CUUAAAAUGAAAAGUCGAUCAGUCGAUGAGUCGUUACAGUUGAACACCUGAUCCAGCCCCAUAGCUGUACGUCUUUAGCCCAUAUAGAGAGAAGCAUUGACGUCAAUGCCGAGAUAAGGGUCACAGACUUUAACUCGCUUUUGGAAACACUGCAUCAUCAGGUACGUAACUCCAUUGCCUAGAGUACACAUGAUGAUUGCCAUUCUCGAUGAUUGCAAAACUGACUUACAGCUCAAUAGCACAAGUAUAAGCAAAUAGAACGCUAACAUCCUAACAUUAUGUGGAAGUGCUAUUUACAAGUAUACUGGAUGUUCAUGGCUUAUAUUCAGGUUGGAGGCCUAGAACUGGCAUGCUCCAUGGGCUCAGAUGUGCAGCCCUGUCCACCUGACCAUUGCUGCGUACGGGACGAGUUUAUCAUCCAGGACACGCACUGUGCCCCGCUGCUCACUUCCGGCAGCCGCUGCAGCACCAAACCAAGCGAUAACGAGUGUCCGUGCAUACCGGGCUACAGAUGUGCCAACAACGCCAACGGCGAUGUCACUUCAGUGUUUGGUAAAUGCUACCCGAACGUCACCAUCACCACCAUCAAGACAACGACAUCAACAACUACAACAACGGCUACUACCAUUACUUCUACAUUUCCAACAAAAAUGCCAACAACAACGACACCGACACCAACAACUAGCACCACUACCGCACCUAUAGUGACGUCGACGUCAAUAAGUAGCAUUACAACAACUGACAUUGGUGCUGCAUCACCCAGUCAAUCUCCUUCAACUACUUCACAAACAGACUCACCACUGACAACUGUACUCAGUACACACCAAGCAAACCAUGCUACGGGUAAUGACAGAACAUCAACUCCAGCACCUAUUAAUGUUGACCCCGUGGGCUGAAAUAUGACCCAUGCUUGAGGACUUGGGACCCAGACUUGAUUUUAUGAGAUGAAGUGAACAAAAUGACUGUUAAAACUUACAUGUUACUGACUUUUGAUGUGCAAAUAAAACAUAGUAAAUGAGAAAGUGUAAAUAUAUAUAAAUGACAGUGAAUGUUUGAAGGGGUAUUAAUUGUAUAUAUAUAAAUUGUGUUAUUGUUAUCCUUAGUAAUAUUAUUUAUUUCUAACACAAAUGACAUUUUGCAAACAAGCAGAUGUAAAAAUGUAUAAGAAUGUUGAUGUGUUCUGUAUUCAUUAAAGUGUUU